AUGACAUUGCUUUCAUUGGAGCUCCAUUUGAUACUGGCACAUCUUACCGCCCUGGUGCCCGUUUCGGCCCAUCCGGUAUUCGCCAGGGAUCCCGAAGACUCAACCUAUAGUAUCGGCGGCUAUAAUGUACCUCUUGAGACAAAUCCGUUCAACAGCUGGGCUACAGUUCUAGAUUGUGGUGACAUCCCGGUAACAAGCUAUGAUAAUACUUAUGCUCUCCAGCAGAUUGAAGAGGGACACUUUGAGCUUCUGUCCCGUGCACCAGUCACUGCUGCCAAGGAGAAGGGCCCAGCGAAGAAAGACAAGACACUUCCCCGUAUUAUUACCCUUGGCGGUGAUCACACAAUCACACUACCCUUGCUUCGCUCGAUAAACCGCGCAUAUGGCCCUAUUUCGGUCAUCCAUUUCGAUAGUCACUUGGAUACAUGGCGGCCCAAAGUAUUCGGUGGAUCUCCAUCAGAAGUAGCCAGUAUCAACCACGGGACCUACUUUUUCCACGCCGCUAUGGAAGGUCUGCUAUCGAAUCACAGUAACAUUCACGCUGGCAUUCGGACCACUCUAAGCGGACCAAGCGAUUAUGACAACGACGGUUACUGCGGCUUCGAAAUCGUAGAAGCGCGCGAGGUCGAUAAGAUUGGCACAGAUGGCAUUAUCAAGAAGAUUCUUGAUCGGGUUGGGGAUAGCCCCGUCUACCUGUCUCUUGACAUUGACACACUGGAUCCAGCCUUUGCCCCUGCAACCGGCACACCCGAGACAGGAGGCUGGACGACUCGGGAGCUGAGAACUAUCAUCCGGGGCCUGGAAAGUCUCAACAUCGUGGCUGCAGAUAUCGUCGAAGUUGCUCCCGCGUAUGAUACAAACGCUGAGCUCACUACAAUGGCUGCCGCCGACGCUUUGUAUGAAAUCAUGAGUAUCAUGGUCAAAAAGGGUCCUCUUAGUAACAUGGUCACUGGAGGUGAAGAAGUCCAGGACUUGUGA